GUGGUGGCUGCAUGUGAAAGUGGAGACGACACGCAUUUGGAACAGUUGCUACCCGCCGGGCUACGUUUGCAAUGCAGUCUACAUGUGCUGGCUAACUGUUCACAAACCGAACCGUUACAGCAACAUUUGACUUCCACCGUGACCAAUAUGCGUUCGGACUUGUUCGGUGGGGAGCUGGCCAGCUCGUCUUCAUCUUCUAGUUGGACUUCGACCACGGCCAACCUGACUGGAGCGAUAAAUUUGGGCACAACCGGGGUGGAGCUGGGGAAGCGCGUUCUGGACUUCACUUCCGAACGGGCCUUGUCCGCGUUCACGUCACUCAGUGGUCUACUGUUCAGUCCAACCAUCCACCCAGAAGAGAAAACGCAACCGUUUGUGAAUCUGUUAAGUGACUCGGAACUGCUAGCUUGGACACGCAGUUGCCUCGGAGCCUCAUUGUUAGUCUGCGUGCAACGUGGCUAUCUACGCUGCUUGUCAUUGUUACUCCAGGCGGGUUUUCGUGUCGGCUAUGUGACUCGUCCGUUGGGCACCGAUUGUGUUGCUUCUACUUUGAGAUACCCAACCCGUUUGAUCCCCUCAUCCUGUACACUUCUGAUCGAACAAUCAUUACAACCACGCGGGUCCGGGCAAUCCAGAGCUCGUCCUUGGACCGAGACCCCGGACGAUAAUGGGGAUAGUGCAAUUCAUGCGGCUGUGCGUUUCGAUCGGGUCCCAUUCCUGGAAGAGAUUGUCCGAGUAAGCGUUCGUUUACGCAUUGCCGUUGAUCUGUCCUUGUAA